CAAAGCAAGCUGUGGUUAUUACAAAAACUAUGGCAAGUGAACAAAAAGAAGUUAUUUUACGAAGUGUCUGAUCAAAAAGCCUUUCUACUGACAGGAAAUCGACCUUCUUGCAUGCUUCAGCAAAGAUUGCACUAACGUUGGAGGAUUUGUGGUGAAGGCACCAGUGAGGGCACAGGAUAGCCAACAGACAGAAACAGCUUUUAGAUUACUGCCAACCUGCGCUAGACGCAAACUUGGAGCAGAAGCUUUUCUAGGAACUGUGGUUGCCUUCAGAUCUGUGCAGUGCUUGGCACAGCAGGACAUCCACCAAACACCAAGCGUAGUCCUGUGUCUCUCCACACAGUGUGGCCAAUAUGCAACUUUUUGGGUGACCGGUGUAUUCCUCCUUUCUGAAUCGCUGCAAGAGGAGUACUCCCAAGCGGCUUGCUACUAUCAUAAAGAUGAAAAAAGACUCUGGAUAUUCCACCACGGCUGAGCAGCAGAAGCAGGAAGAGAAGCUCUGGGAUGCCCUGAAGAUCACUGCCUGCGUCCUUGGUACAGGCCUGCUCAUAAUCACUGCCUUAGCAAACUCUGUUUCUUGGUAUGUGCAGAAUAUCUGGGAUGCUUUAGGCCAUUUCUGGCAAACAACAUGGCUAAAGUUCUACUACCUGUUUGAGGGAAAUGAGUGGACAAUCUUCCUCCUUGGGGCUGCACUGAUUCCUGCCCUUGCUUUCUGGUGCUUCAAUGGAAUCCUUAUGGUGGCUGAUGUAACAGGAAAGCCGGCUUUCAUUACUCGCUAUCGCAUUCAGCUGGGCAAGAAUGAUCCUGUGGACACAAAGAAAUUGCGCCAAGCCAUCUACACAGUGCUGUGUAAUCAGUUCUGUAUCUCCUUGCCCAUGCUUGUGGCCAUGUUCUAUGUCAUGAAAUGGUGGGGCAACACCUUCAGCAAGGAAUUACCCACCUUCCACUGGUUUCUUGUGGAGCUAAGCAUCUUUACCUUAAUAGAGGAAAUUCUUUUCUACUAUACACACAGGCUUGUUCACCUCCCGCUCCUGUACAAGCACAUUCACAAGAAGCACCAUGAAUGGACAGCCCCCAUUGGUGUGGUCUCCAUUUAUGCUCACCCAGUAGAACAUAUACUCUCCAACACGUUGCCUGUCAUGACUGGCCCGAUGGUCAUGGGGUCUCAUAUUGUUUCAAUCGCAGCCUGGUUCUCCCUCGCUCUCAUAACAACAAGCAUUUCGCACUGCGGCUACCACCUGCCCUUCCUACCGUCGCCGGAGUUCCACGACUUCCACCACCUCAAGUUCAACCAGUGCUACGGAGUCCUGGGAGUGCUGGAUUACCUGCAUGGAACGGAUACAGUGUUCAGAAAAACCAAAGCCUACGAGAGGCACAGGGUCCUCCUCAGCCUCACACCACUCUCAGAAAGCAUCCCGGAGGGACCCAAGAGGGCAGAGUGAACCCAGCAGCCUGCGGUUCCUGCAGGGCGAGAGACAAUGAUUUAUGCCAAAGAGUAUUUUAAUUGGGAAACGAGUUACUGUUCAAGGGUAACAAAACUUAAGCUUAACAUAAACUGAACUUAAACAUGCUACUUGAGAUGACUGCACUAAAAAAACUGCUCUAGAAAGCUAUUUUUAAACAAAGCUUAGAUGUUGGUUCAAUUACUCGCACUGUUCCUUGGUUCUAGCUGGCUGCGCGUAAGCCAGAUGUGUUCUGGGCCACGUGGCUUUGGGGAGUUCCUGGG